ACGCCAUCUUAAACCGCAAUUCAAAAUCCCCAACCAACGUCUGAAUAAUCAGUAACCAUAACAAGAUUUUAAUCGGAGAUGGAGAAUCAUGACAAGAGGCGCGUCUUGUGCCCAGAAAAUGAAGAAUUGGCGAGUUACAUGUUGCAGAAGCAGCAAGAAAUGCUGGAGAAGCCUAAAGGAUUAUCGGAGAAUUUGGAUAUGACUCUGUCUAGGGCGUAUAACAAUGUGUGCAAUGCAAAGAAUCACAUCAAGACUCUUAAAGAAUUAUCACAAAUCAAGGGUGUGGGAAAGUGGAUUCUGAAGCUUGUGCAAGAGUUCUUUGAUGCUACUUCAGGCAGUUCUGAAUCAGAAAACUUGACUGAAAAGGGUAAAGUAAGUAAAGCAACGAAGAAUAAAGGAACCAAACGUUAUGUGCCCCAAAGGAAUUCUGUGGCAUAUGCUUUGUUGAUUACCUUAUACAGGGGUACUGCAAAUGGGAAUGAAUUUAUGCAUAAACAAGAGCUUAUUGAUGCAGCUGAAGCAAGUGGUCUUUCUCGGGCACCAAUUAUGCCAGAGAAGGGAAAAGGUAAACCCGGGCAAUUUGGAUGUACUCCAAGGGACUGGUAUAGUGGAUGGAGUUGCAUGAAAACCUUGAUAACCAAAGGACUAGUUGUGAAAUCGAGUUGCCCAGCAAAGUACAUGCUGACUCAUGAAGGGCGUGAAGCAGCACGUGAAUGUCUCAUGAGAUCUGGUUUGACAGAUUCUAUAGAUAUCUUGCCUGUUGAACAGGAUUCUGAUCUGGAUGCAUGCAACACACCGGAUCUAGAGCUUGCUAACUCAAGUUCUUCUGCAGAAGUGACAUUGCAAUCUGUCAGUUUGAGUCAGCAGAGCAAAUCAGUUGAUGUUCCACUUGCAUCUCUUGAGAGGUUUACAUGCAUGGGGUAUUCCAAGGAACAAGUGCUUCAUGCUUUUAAUGAAGAACACAAAACUUCCCACAAGGAAAUCUCAUCUCUCUGGCCUGCAGUUUUAUGUCGUCUUCGAGAAGAUCAAGUGUAUGGUUUACAUCUGAAUCCUCAGAAUUUAAGAGAAGAUUGCCAUGUAGCAUCAACAACUUGUGCAUUCACACACAGUCAAGAAGAUGUUGUUGGAAAUCGGAGUACUCAGAUUGAUUCUGCUUGUGAUGGUGGAAAUAUGCACAAUUUAUCCGCUGAAUCUGUGCCAAAAAUGCUUACCUUGAACGCUUGUUCCUCUGUUGAUUAUUCAGCUCAAAAGUCUUGGAUAGAUGGUCUGCAAACAAAUAUGAAUGUUUUAAGUAUGCCACCUCUGAGUUUUGGGGAAAGAUUUGAGGAUGCAUACGAAGUUAUCUUAAUCUUAGAUGAUCGAGAACAAUUUGCCACUCAAGGGUCUCGUUCCAGAAGAAUAAUUGAAAACAUUUGCUCGCAAUUCAAGAUCCGAAUAGAGGUUAGGCGGUUACCAGUAGGUGACGGAGUCUGGAUUGCUUGUCAUAAACAACUUGAUACUGAAUAUGUUCUGGAUUUUAUUGUUGAGAGGAAGAAAAUUGAUGAUUUGCGCUCUUCAAUCAGGGAUAAUCGCUACAGGGAUCAGAAACUGAGGCUCCUGAGAUGCGGACUUAAGAAGCUGAUAUACCUUGUGGAAGGUGAUCCAAAUUCCUCUGAGGCCUCUGAGAGCAUCAAAACAGCUUGUUUUACGACAGAGAUCUUGGAAGGAUUUGAUGUGCAGAGAACUAGUGGUUUAGCUGAUACACUGAGGAAGUAUGCAUAUCUAACACAAUCAAUAACUCAAUUUUAUAAAUUAGAGCUACCUGAUGACCAGCUUAAACGCACUGGGAUCUGUCCUCCUUUCAAUGAAUUUGUCAAAAGGUGCCAAGACCUGGAUAAAAUGACAGUCAGUGAUGUAUUUGCCACUCAGCUUAUGCAGGUUCCACAAGUAACGGAGGAGAUUGCCAUAGCUGUUUUGGAUCUGUACCCAACUCUACUAUCUCUGGCUCGUGCUUACUCUUUUCUUGAAGGUGAUUCUCGCGCCCAAGAGGAGAUGCUUAUGCAGAAGAGUAAUAAUGUGGUCAGUGCAGUUGCCAGUAGGAAUAUUUUCCAGUUGGUUUGGGGCAAUUGACCAUUGCGGAUCUCCUAUAGCCAAGACAGUGAGUUGCAGAUCAUUUGACCUUGAGCAGCAAUUGGUGCAUGUGUUCUACUGCUUCUAAACUGGCCAUGUUUUAUGGAAUUUCUGCAUAUAUGUAAUUACAACACCUCUUAACUUAUUUUAACUGUAUAAUCAAAUUCAACCUUUUUGACUUCUA